AUGUUUGCUAAGCCGUAUAAAUUAAAAUCUAACAACACACUGAAAAAUUCCGAAAAAAAACAUCUUGGGCAGCGUAUACAAAAUGAAUUUCCAGCAGCUACAGAAGAAAAAGUGAAAGAAUUAGUUCCGGUUAAAUCAAGUACCAGCUGUAUGAAGUUAAUAUUACAUUCGGAAGAAACUGUUGGUGUAUACGUGGUAGACGGAGUGCCAAUAAUGAUAGACUUAGGUGAAACUCUAGCACCAACUGUGUGUGCGUUAUGGAAAGUUCCUGAUUUAAUUCCCACCAUAAGUAUACAUUCUCCAGUGUUAAGCAAGAUGCAAGGUGGAGCCCCACUUUAUGCCCCAGGUGUUGUGACAGAUACAAAUUUUCCACAAUUUCGCAAAGGAUCUGUGAUAGCUGCAUGCACCACUGACAAUGCUGCUGCGGGAGUAAUCGGUCUCGCAGCAAUGUCUUCAGCUGAUUUAUUGAGAACCUCUAUGGGAGUGUGUUUGGAAACAUUGCAUGUAUUUGGUGACAUGCUGUGCAAAGAAAUCAAAUUUAAUAAGAUUGAGCGACCAAAAUUAGGACCACCCUCCCAUGAUGUUGUUCAGAUAAUUACUAAUGAUAUUAGCCAGUUAAAUAUUCAACCAGUCAAAGAAGAAUGGCCGAGUCUAGUGAGAGAACAGCCAGCGCCAGUCGCUAAUGAACCAAAAGCGAUUGUAGAAACUGAAUUACAAGAGGUUGUAGCAACACCCGAUUCAGAAAUGGAAGAUCUGAACAAUAGUGUAAACUCAGAAAGUUCAGAAACAGAUGGCAUACCAGAGGACAUGGAUGGACUUCUGCGGUGGUGUCUGCUCUCUUUCCUUAAGCUUGAAGGCAAAAAUAUUGAGCUGCCGCUCAAAACUAACCUGCUGUACAAGAACCACCUGAUGCCGCACUGCCCGCCGGACCGCGCCGUGGACGUCAAGAAGUCCACUUACAAGAAGAUGGGCAAGUUCCUGGAGGCUAUGGAGAGGGAAGGCCUAAUCCAAGUGCGCGAGGUGGAGAAGGGCGUGUCGGCGCUGGUGGGCGCCGCGCUGGCGCACCCCGCCGUGCGCGCGCACCGCCCGCCCGCCGCCGCCCCCGCGCCCGCCCCCGCGCCCGCGCCCGCCGCCGCGCCCGCGCUCGGGGACGACUACACGCCGCCGCAGAUACGCGAGCUGUACUGCAUCACUGCCAACGUGCUGGACUUCUUCGCGCCGCUCAAGAAGGGCACGGCGCUGCCGGCGGGCGCGGUGCGCGCGGCGGUGGCGCGGCACGCGGAGGCGCGCGCGCUGGCCGCCGGCCGCCAGCUGCGCCUGGAUGCCGCGCUGGCCGCCGCGCUGGGCCGCCAGCCGGGCAUCGUUAUUUUUAAAUUUUGUGUUCGAUUGAUCGAUUUACCUGUGAACGUCACCGGCGUUUACCAGGAGAUGGUGAGGCGCGAGGAGGCGUCGGAGGGCGUGCUGGCGCGCAUGACGCCCGCCACCGAGCUGCGCUUCGCGGGCGGCGACACGCGCCUGCUGCGCGCGCGCCUGCCGCCCGUCGACAUGCGCGUCGUCACGCGCUGCGGGAACAAGAAGGUGACGCUGGUGUCCAACCUGGAGAGCUACGGGUUCGCGCUGGGCCCGCUGGCGCGCGCCUGCCAGCUGCGCGCCGGCGCCGCGUGCGGCGUCACGCGCGCGCCCGGCGCCCGCGCCGACCAGCUCAUGCUGCAGGGCGACCAGACUCAUUUCAUGGCAAAGUUGCUGAUUGAAAAAUUUGGACUUCCCAAGAAAUUUGUGGAUGGAGCCGACAAGGCACUCAACAAGAAAAAG